AUGACGGAAGUUGUCAAGAGGGAAGGCCAGGAUGCGAAGCCUGAGCCCGAAGCCGUGAAGGCGGCGGCAGCGGCGGAGGGCAAGCCCAACGCCAACGCCUUGCCCAUCGAUCCAAAUCAGCUUCUCUCUGUUCUCGGCCAGAUCACGGGGAAUCCAGCAGCACCACCGGCUAAUGGGCUUCCACCGAAUAACAACGCCAACGUACCGACUGUGACAAUAUUCGUCACGCAACCACCUGUGACGGAGACGGUGAUGAUUAUGGUACCGACAACAGUCACCGUUACUGCGACACCGGCGCCGGCGCCUCCCAUCGUGAAUCCCUCACCUGCACCACCACCACCACCGCCUCCAGCUACGAGUCCGGCACCCGCACCAGCACCACCUCCUCCGCCUCCUGCAAACACUCCGCCACCACCUCCUCCACCGGUCAAUAACCCGCCGCCGCCGCCGCCCCUGCCUCCUAUGAGCUCUUCCUUGGGUCUCCCUCCACCUAUCCCCCCUGGUGCUACUCCUGCACCUGGUGGGUUGCCACCUCCGGCAGCCGCGAUUCCACCUGUUUCUUCAGCUUCUUCAACCAUGACGCCCAAAGGCGCUGGUGGUACAUCAACAGCUGUCGUCCUCCUGGGUGUGUUCGGAGGUGUCGCCGGUGUAUCACUCCUAGCGAUGGGCAUCUUCAUCUACGGUCUAAUGAGACGAAGAAAGGCCAAGGCUGAGGCGGAGACUGCCAGCGAAACGGAGGAGGUGACAGAGAUUCGUCAAAUCUAA